GUUGGACCGCUCCGAGCGAAACAGAGCAAAAGAGUUUUAAAUGUCCGCCAUGUUGUCCAUGGCGCACUGAACCAACGAUAGGGAGCGGAGCGUCGGAAAAAAACAGUCCGAGAGCGAGCGACCAAGAUCCGGGCCUUCCCCCGGCUCCGUUGGCGACGCCCUAAAUACAAGCUACAACCAUUCGAACGUUAGAAUAGAGAUAACCGCACAGAAACAUCCAUGAAAGCUCCACUCGGUACCGUUUUGAAUAUUAGGAGAUCCGAUAGAUUUAUAUUGCAUCUCGAAUUGUGAAAAAUGAGUAAAUUGUCGUUUCGGGCACGGGCGCUGGACGCUUCCAAGCCACUACCCGUCUUCCGUUGUGAGGAUUUACCCGAUCUACACGAAUAUGCAUCCAUUAACCGGGCCGUGCCACAGAUGCCUACGGGGAUGGAGAAAGAAGAGGAAUCGGAACACCAUCUCCAGCGGGCCAUCUCUGCGCAGCAGGUAUAUGGCGAGAAGCGGGACAACAUGGUCAUCCCUGUCCCUGAGGCAGAGAGCAACAUCACCUACUACGAAUCCCUCUACCCUGGGGACUAUAAGAUGCCAAAGCAGCUAAUUCACAUACAGCCUUUCAGCUUGGACACAGAGCAGCCCGACUACGACCUGGACUCGGAAGACGACGCGUUUGUCAACAAGCUGAAAAAGAAGAUGGAGAUCAGCUUCCUGCAGUUUGAAGAGAUGAUUGACCGGUUGGAGAAAGGCAGUGGACAGCAGCUUGUGAGCCUUCCGGAGGCCAAACUGCUGUUGAAGGAGGACGAUGAGCUCAUCAAGGAGGUCUUUGACUACUGGAGCCGCAAGAGGAAAAACAGCAGGGCCAACUGUCUCCUCCACAACGUCAAGCAGGAGAAACGGGACGGCUCCAGCACCAGUGACCCCUAUGUGGCCUUCCGACGGCGCACCGAGAAGAUGCAAACCAGGAAGAACCGUAAGAAUGACGAGGCGUCCUACGAGAAGAUGCUGAAGCUACGCAGGGAUCUCAGCCGAGCCGUCACCAUCCUGGAAAUGAUCAAAAGGAGGGAGAAGAGCAAGAGGGAGCUACUGCAUCUCACACUGGAGAUCUUUGAGAAGAGAAACGUCAUGUCAGACUACGGUGGUGAGGUGAUGGCAGAGGUGUUGGCUGAACGAGCACUGGUGAGGCCGCAGAUCAUUCCCCUGGUCCCUGUCACCAACCAGUACCGACACCAGGACCACAUGGACCUCAAGGACUAUAAGUCUAAGCCCGAGAAGACGGAAGUUCCCCGACAGAAGAGGAGGUAUGAGAAGAAGCAGAAGGUGUUGCCUCUCUCGUCGGGCGCCCCACACCACGCGGGUCCUGUCAUCUUCAAUGCCAAGGACCUCAACCAAUAUGACUUCCCCAGCUCGGACGACGAGCCCUUCUCCCAGCUGCACUCAGGCUCAUCAGAAGCAGAGGAGGAGAACGACCCAGAUGGUGCCUACGCCUUUCGCAGGAAGGCAGGCUGCCAGUACUACGCUGCUCGUCAGGACCGCGUGGGUAGCUGGCCAUGGUGUGGACCCUGGGAUGGCGGUUUGGCAGAAGCUCGCUUUCGCUACAGUCUCACCACGCUCACCGUGCCACGGCGCUGCCUUGGCAUGGCUCGACGACGCGUGGGACGAGGCGGCAGGGUGUUGCUGGACAGGGCGCACACGGACUAUGACAACAUUUUCCACAGACUGGAUCCAGAGACGCUCGACCUGCCUCUUCCUCCUUCUCCUCCUCCUCCUCCUCCUACAACUACUUCACGCUCGCCGACCACCGACAAGUUUGCCAGUACCUCAGAAACAAAUACCUCAGACAGAAGUUCCUCCUCCUUCAACUCCUCUCUUUCCUCCCCCUCUCCCACGGACCUCAGUCAGAUACUGUUGAAUAUAAAGUCGUGCCGAUGGAGGCACUUUAGACCGCGGACACUACCACUACAUGAGCUGGACAAUGCCCACCCGCUAUUCAGGAAGUUGAGUCGAGGCCUGAAGCGCCCAAUCUCUGCCUCCGCACCCGGGGGACAGCCCUAUGGCUCUCAACGCCCGGGGAGGGUUGUCCCUACACCCGCACCCAUUGCUGCUUUCACAGCCGAACAGUACCAGCAGCAUCAGGAAGAGCUGGCCCUGAUGCAGAAACAGCAGCUGGAGCAGGUCCAGCUGCAACAGCAAGCCAACAGCACCGCCACUACAAACAGCACAAAGGGCCUGCCAAACACUUUGGACCAGGCCAGCGCUCAGUUCGCCGCCUCGGCCGUAGUCACCGCCGACCAACUGCUGGCUCUCAAAACCAAGGAGGAGCUAGCCCUGGGAGGCGGAGUCAAUGGCGUCCUCUCCCCCUCAGGUGUCUACAAGGGCUUGCACCUCUCGAGCACAGUGUCCCCUUCCCCCGCCACCCCGGCUCCUCCCACCUCUACCCCGACACCCGCCUUGCUCCACCCCUGCACCACCACCAGCUCCACCUCCGCCACCAGUAACAACAACGGCACCGCCCACCCUGCCAACACCACUACCACUAACACCGCCGCCACUCAGGUCCUGCUGGGAAACAACAACAACAGCCUCCGUCUGGGUGUUCCCACCGGCAAGCGCGUCCACGCGCCGCGGACGCUGAGCGCCACCAUGUCGACAUCCGCCUUAAAGCUCGCCCACGCAGCCGCUGCAACCGCCAACUGUCAGAAACCCAAGGUCACUACGGCCUCAGCCUCGCCGCUGGACAUAGUGCCCAGGGAGAAUCACGAACAAGACAAGCCAGCACUGAACAGUCUAUCAGAGAACACAGUGGCCAUGGAGGUUACGUAGCCUCCCGUCCGCAGCACGGGGAAGCGUAACUCCUUUGUUGUUGUUUUUUAGGUGCUAUGCAUCGUUCGUCAGUGGUGAAAGCAAAGCGGUGGCGGAAUGAGCACGGCAAGGCUGGGUUUCCAUGGCAACUGUUUUGGGACUUAAUUGCAAUGCUCGUCUCGUACAAAUUGUUUUUUUUUUUUCCUCUCUCUCCCCCCAUUUCCCUAUUUGUUACUGUUAAUAAGAGAUCGUCUGUAAAUUCUUAAUAUGGCAAUUAUAUGUACAGUACUGCAUAUUUGUAAUACCACCCUCCCCCUCCACCCCCCCGUUCUUGUAUAUAACAUUACUUGAAUACAGAAUUGUUCAUUUGUGAUGUUUUGCACUCGAGAUAUAAAAAAAAAAAAGAAAAUCAAAAUUAAAAAGAAAACGACAAA